UAGUUCGUAGUGUCUCACGCACACUUCCAUAGCCUUCUUCUCGACACAAAUAUUGUUCUGCCAUUAUUGUCUUUUUUUUUGUUUUUUACUUGUCCACUGGAUCCGUCGUCGUAUCGGGACCUCUAAAAUUCCAAAACCCCCCACAGCACCAUUACGCAUAGCUUUCGAUUUCUAUUUGCCACGCAUGGUCACCUCGAUCCAGAUCUAGGUUCUCGCUCCCUCUUUUCCUCAAAUUCGAACCAAUUUUGAGCAAUACUGAUUCCGCGGCUCUAGGGUUUCAGAUCUCUCUUUUUCUUGGAGGGGGGUUAUGUUAUUAUAGGAUUUGGAUUUUAAGGUAGGGUUAGGGAAAAUGCAUGUGAAAUUGGCACCGUUUCGGGAUCGGACACAGGAGUUCCAGAGUAUAGCCGAUAGGCUAAAGAAGUCGUUUUCAUCAGGGUCGUCGGCUCCGAAUGGGCCGAGUAGCAGCUCAAAGUCGGAGGAACAGAGGUCUGCGGUAGCAAUUCAGUCUGAGUUCAACAAGAGGGCUUCCAAAAUCGGGUAUGGGAUACACCAGACGUCGCAAAAGCUUACCAAGCUGGCAAAGUUGGCAAAGAGGACCUCAGUUUUUGAUGACCCCACCAAGGAAAUCCAGGAGCUGACUGCACUUAUUAAGCAAGAUAUUACUGCGCUAAAUUCUGCAGUGGUAGAUCUUCAGUUCCUCAGCAACUCUAGAAAUGAGAGUGGGAAUAUCUCUAGUGACACCACUAGUCACUCAACCACUGUUGUAGACGACUUGAAGAAUCGGUUGAUGAGCACCACAAAAGAGUUCAAAGAAGUUCUUACCAUGAGAACAGAGAACUUGAAGGUUCAUGAGAACAGAAGACAGCUGUUUUCUUCCACUGCUUCUAAGGAAUCUACAAAUCCAUUUGUUCGUCAACGUCCGCUGGCUACCAGGUCAGCUGCUAGCUCCUCAAAUGCCCCACCUCCUCCAUGGGCUAAUGGGUCACCAUCUUCAUCCCAAUUGUUUCCUGGGAAGCAAACAGAUGGAGAGAGUCAGCCAUUGCUGCAGCAGCAACAACAUAAUCAACAGCAACAGCAACAGCAACAGCAACAACAACAAAUGGUUCCAUUGCAAGACAGUUACAUGCAGAGCAGAGCUGAAGCUCUUCAAAAUGUUGAGUCCACCAUUCAUGAGCUCAGCAGCAUCUUCAACCAGCUGGCAACUCUGGUUUCUCAGCAAGGAGAGAUUGCUAUCAGGAUUGAUGAGAAUAUGGAAGACACAUUGGCCAAUGUGGAGGGGGCACAAGGGGCCUUGCUCAAGUACCUGAACAGCAUAUCUUCUAAUAGGUGGCUGAUGAUUAAGAUAUUCUUUGUAUUAAUCUUUUUCCUCAUGGUUUUCCUAUUUUUUGUGGCAUAAUCACUGCAGAGACAGAAUUGAAAAGAACAAAAAUGUUGUGUUUCUUUGCUGGUGAAUAGCCACUUAUAUUCGUUUCAUACCCAUUUUGCUUUGACCAAAUAUUUAUGCAGGCAGAGAUGAAAUUAGUACUGAGUUUGCCCAGUAUGAUACAUAUGUAUGGAUACAUGUAAGUGUACAAGGUGUUGAAAACAACGAUAAUUGUGAAAAUUCUCCCUUCAUCCUCUUCUGGGAUUGUUAUA